AUGAAGCUCUUUAGCUUUUUAAUCUUUUUAAUAUUGAAUGCGAUAUUAUGGAGUUUAAUUAUUUCUGUUAAAACUCCUACAAAGGAAAAAGGGUUGAUUGAAAAUGUUGAAAAUGAUUACACGUCAAGUGAUCAAAAUGAGAUAUUAAAUGAUGGGGCUGAAUCAUCGGUCAAUCCUCAGAUUCAAAAAUAUAAAGAAACGUUAAAGCCAAAAUCCAAAAUUACAAAAAAGGACAAAAAAGGAAAUAAUGAAGACGAGAAAAAGUUGAGGAGAGCAAAAUGUAAGGCUGAAAGAAAUAAGAGAUACUAUGAAAAGAAUAAAGAAAAAUUAUCAGAAAAUAAAAGAAAUUUGUAUGAAAAGUCGAAAGAAAAAAUACUUCAAACGGCGAGAAUUUACUACCAAAAUAACAAAGAAAAGGUUAAAAAUUAUAAAAAGAAUUACCGUCAAAAUAAUAAAGAAAAGGUUCUAAAUAUUGAAAAAAAAUGCCGUCAAAAUAAUAAGGAAAAAAGGCGAGAAUCACGGCAGAAACACUAUUUAAAAAAGAAAAAUGAAAAAGAAAUUCUCCAAAAUGAAAGCUUGAAACUAAAAAAUGUUCAGUCAGAAAAUAAUGAAGGAUGUUCUUUUGUUGAUAAAAUGACUGCUGAUUAUAUUAAUAAAGGUAAAAUGCCUAUUGUUAACGAGGAGAGCUUUCAGCUUGAAGAAGAAAAUAUCUCCAAUCAAGGUGGGGAAGAAUGUACUGAUAAAGAUAAAAUUGAAGAUGAUAUUGAGCAAAAUCAAAAUCUGGUAGAGGAGUCAAAUAAAAUUCUUGAUGAUAGCAUAAAUGAGAAAAAUUAUCCUUUUGAUCUGAACGAGAUACCUGAAGAUGAAGACUGAACGUAAAACAUGUUUGAUAAACAAAGAAGACAUUCUGUACAUACACUCUGUCAUGAAAGUUUAAGCAGUCCCAAAUUUUAGUAAAAACUAGGGUUUGACCCCGAACGUUCGGGGGCGGGUAUGUCGGGGUACGGGGUUUUCGAUUUGUUUCGGGGCGGGGUUCGGGUCGGGGGAGCAAAAUAUGCUCGGGGUUCGGGUCGGGGUACGGGGGUUUACUGGAAAAAUUUUUUAAAGAAAAAAUGCUCUAAAAAUAAGCAUUUUCGGUCUAUUUUUGUUAAUUUAUUCAGAAAUUAAGGGGAAAUAGAGGAAUUAGAGAUAAUAUAAGAGGUUUUUUAGGGAUUAAAUGUGAUAUGAAGUGUAUAACUGAAGAUAUCAGGGGAUUUGGAGGGAAUAAACGUGGUUUCAUGGGAUAUCAGUGAUUUUGAGGGAUAAUGAGAGAGGCAUAUAAAAAGGCAUUUGCAGAGAGAGAUUUGAAGGCAAAUAAUUUGAAAAUUUGGAAGGCGAUUUAAUCUGUUUUAGCGCCGCAGGCGAAAAUUUUGGAAAUUUUGAAGGCCAAGGAGCAGAUUUUCUUUUUAGUACAGUUAGAGAUCAAAAAUAGUUUAAUUCUUAGGGGCAUAAGGAUAUUGGGGAUUAGGGAUUUUAAGGGAUUACAUGGAUGUCAGGGGUUUUGUCUGAUAUUAG